CUUAUCUUAAUUAGGUCUCUUCUGCUAUAGCAUUGAAGAGGCUUUAGGAUUGAGGAAGAAAUUGAUUAUAUAAUGGCUUAUGCUGCCACAUUUUCUUUAGUGACACAAGUUCUAGGCUUAACACUUUGUUUGCUCAGUUUAUGCUGCUCUGCCUUCACUCCUCAAGACUACUCAGAUGCUCUUGAGAAGUCCAUCCUCUUCUUUGAGGGCCAGAGGUCCGGGAAAUUGCCGGCGAACCAGCGUGCCACUUGGAGGGCAAAUUCUGGCUUGUCUGAUGGCUCCUCAUACCAUGUGGACCUAGUAGGGGGCUACUAUGAUGCUGGAGAUAAUGUCAAGUUUGGCCUGCCAAUGGCCUUCACAACCACAUUACUUGCAUGGAGUGUCAUUGAGUUUGGUGACUCAAUGCAUAACCAGAUUGAGAAUGCCAAGGAUGCCGUACGUUGGAGCACAGAUUAUCUUCUAAAAGCAGCCACUUCAACCCCUGGAGCCUUAUACGUCCAAGUGGCAGAUCCAAACGCGGACCACCGCUGCUGGGAGAGGCCUGAAGAUAUGGACACGCCACGCAAUGUGUACAAGGUGUCGGCUCAAAAUCCAGGAUCAGAUGUAGCAGCAGAGACUGCUGCUGCAUUGGCUGCAGCUUCCAUAGUGUUCAAGGACUCUGACCCUUCUUACUCUGGAAAAUUGCUUCACACAGCCAUGAAAGUGUUUGAUUUUGCAGACAGGUACAGAGGUUCUUACAGUGACUCUAUAGGCUCAGUGGUCUGCCCUUUUUACUGCUCAUACUCAGGAUACCAUGAUGAGCUUCUGUGGGGUGCUUCAUGGAUCCAUAGAGCCUCUCAGAACAGUUCAUACUUGGCUUACAUAAAGUCCAAUGGCCACAUCUUGGGUGCAGAUGAUGAUGAUUUCUCCUUUAGUUGGGAUGACAAGAGACCUGGAACAAAAAUCCUUCUUUCAAAGAGCUUUCUAGAGAAAAACAAUGAGGAAUUCCAGUUAUACAAAGCACAUUCAGACAAUUACAUAUGCUCCUUACUUCCUGGAACAUCUAAUUUCCAGGCCCAAUAUACCCCUGGAGGACUUCUCUACAAAGCAAGUGAGAGCAAUCUCCAGUAUGUUACUUCCGCAACACUCCUCCUACUCACAUAUGCAAAGUAUCUUAGAACAAAUGGAGGAGUGGCUACAUGUGGCUCCUCAAAAGUCACAGCAGAAACCCUAAUCUCAGAGGCAAAGAAGCAGGUUGACUACAUACUUGGUGACAAUCCAGCAAAGAUUUCAUACAUGGUAGGGUUUGGGAAGAAAUACCCACAACACAUACACCACAGAGGCUCUUCUCUGCCAUCUGUGCAUGAACACCCAGAGCGCAUUAGCUGCAACGAUGGAUUUCAAUAUCUGCAUUCUGGAUCACCCAACCCAAAUGUGCUUGUUGGAGCCAUUGUUGGUGGACCUGAUAGCAAAGACAGCUUCUCUGAUGACAGGAACAACUAUCAGCAAUCUGAGCCAGCCACUUACAUCAAUGCACCAGUUGUUGGGGCUCUUGCUUUCUUCUCUGCCAACACCAACCCAAAUUAGCUCCAACUUCUAUUAACCUCUAAAAUUUAAAAAAAAAAAUAAGAGGAAAGUGGAUUGGAGAUAAGUGAAGAGUUGUAUGAAUAGUAGAUUGAAAGGUGCAACUUUAGUAUCCUGUUAAUUAGUUGUUUAGAGGGCAAAUCAGAGUCCAAAUGUUGUGCCAUUGGCAUUUCCAUGAGCUGUGGCACAUAGUUUAAGUGUAGGUUGGAAAAUGUUCUUAAUUUACAGUUGGAUUGAGAACUCCCAAAAAAUUAAAUAUGAAAAGACUAGUUUGCCUUUGAUAUAAAA